AUGGCGCCACGUAAGGAUGACGGUAAAGAUGAUAUACCUAUAGAAAUGGUCAGCCUGCUAGACCAAUCGAUGGAACAAGAUGAGGGUUUCACCAGGGACGAGGUUUAUACAAGUAAGGGAUGGAUCGAGGAUGUAGAGUGGAAGGGUAAGAAGGUCAAGACAUAUCCGCUGGAUUAUAAUAAAGUGGGACUUGUUAGGAUGCAGAUCGUCACUAACUUGAUCGUGUUUUUGGUAUUCGGGUUGAACGACCAGACUACGGGUUCACUUAUUCCUACACUCACGAGAAGCUAUGGGAUAUCUAAAGUAGUUGUUUCCAAUAUAUUUCUGGUUCAAGUCUUUGGCUACGUGUUAGCAUGUCUAUUGAAUGAAAAGCUGCACAAGAGAUGGGGCAUGAGGGGAGCAGUGAACCUCUCAGCAGGUCUGUUUAUUCUCUUUUUCGCUGUACUUGCACUUCAACCAUCGUCUUUCUUCAUCUACAUGGCCUGCUAUUUACCCAUAGGCUUCGCUCUCGGCAUUCUGGACUCUACAGGAAAUGUGCUUAUAGGCAACCUGGAACAUCACAAGAACGAAUGGAUGGGUGCCAUACAUGGUCUGUAUGGUGCAGCGUCGAUGGUAACCCCUCCAGUUGUCUCGCAUUUUGUGAAAUACGGUCGUUGGGCCAACUUCUUUUGCAUCCCGCUGGGACUCUCUGUUUUGGCUUUGGCGAUUGCAGUGCCGGCAUUUAGGCAUGAGACGGCUGCGAAGUACGAUUAUGUUUGCAACGUAAAUGAAGUCGAAACUGAAUUAGUAGAAGAAGAUAAAUCAGGUGGUUUGACAGUCGUCGCUCUAUUGAAGAACCCAGCGGUAUCACUGUACGCUAUCUACCUUUUCGUCUACCUCGGCGCUGAAGUAUCGACGGGCUCGUGGUUGUUUUCAUAUCUUCUUUCAACAAAAUCUGACGACAAGAUAGCCAUGUCGUACGUUACUUCUUCAUAUUGGACUGGUUUGACCGUGGGCAGAUUCUUGCUCGGGUUUAUCACGAAAAGGGUGUUUGCGAGCGAGUAUGUCGCUAGUCUGGCAUACAGCUUGAUGUGCUUGUUUUUCUACUCGGUGCUUCUCGCCGUAGGCACUAUAAAUACGGAUGCUGGAUGGUACAUCGUGGUGCUAUUCUUCGUUUUAUUCUUCUGUGGAGUCUUCGUCGGACCGCUAUUCCCAAAUGCAAGCAUAGUAGCCAUGCAGGUCUUGCCAAGACACCUCCACGUAGGUGGAGUGGGACUCGCAGUUGCCAUAGGCGGUAGCGGCAACGCUUUACUGCCGUACCUUGUCGGUGUAACACUUCACUUCGCUGGCAUGAAUUGGUUCCCGUUAUUGUGUUGGACAAUGGUUGUCGGUUUUACCUUGAUCUGGAGCAUUUACCCCAAGUAUCUGCCAAUUCCUCUACAUACGUAUUUCCGCCACGAGUUGGAUACAAUUAGCUAA